ACGACGCUUUGGCCAUCCUCGCCGCUUCGAAAUGCCCGUCCAUUCGUGUGCUCGGUAUCGCCACGUCAUUCAGCCACUAUGUGACGUGUGAAGCUGCCACACGCAACGCGCGAGGCCUGUGCAUAGCAGCAGGACGCCCAGACACGCCUGUUGUUCAGUUCAGGGCGCCACACCACCGCUCUCAACCGCAUCAACA